AUGCACGCCGACGACGACCCUACAAACAAGAAAAAACAUAAAACAGACACGUCGCAAGACGAAACAGCGAAAGUGGACCUCGAAUCUCCCAAAAAGGAGUCUGAGGAACCGAAACCUCGCAUUGUUUUGACUUUUCGCUCUGAUAAAUCGGGCGCUAAGAGCAGCAAUAUGAAAAUCGUUACGCCAGAGGAGAAACACGAAGAAAAUCCGCGCCGUUCAGCGAGACGUACGAGUGCGAAGUGUGAUUCUGAUGAAGAGUCGCCCACGAAAGAUAUGGAUCCGGAAAAUGAUGACACAUUUGACGGUUCUCGUACGAAGCACUCGAGUGGGCGGCGAAAAGACACCGACGUAAUAGCUAGUGCUAUAGCCAGAAAAGAGAAAUAUAAUGAGCCUACCAACACAUCUACACGUCCAUCGCGUAAAAUAAAACCUACAGCAAAGGUCCUAGCUAAUGAGGAGCUACGUAUGGGAAUAGAGUCACAGAAUAGUUCCCGUCUGGGUGAUACAUCAACAGAGGGUGGUGUAAGAACACGCCGCUCUGCACAAAAGACUACAGAAGUUACUAAGAAGGAGGAAACUACAGUUAAAGAUAGUGAGAUGAAAUUAAAGCAUUUGUGUGGCUUAGGUCUGAGAUCUGUUGGACAGUUCACUGAUGAAGACCCAGUGAAUGUGGAAGACACUGAAAUGAGGGAAGGUGAUACAGAAGUUGAUGUUGACAAUGAUGAUUGUGAAGACGAUGACACAGAAGUCAUAGUAAAGCUUCUUCAAGCGGAUGAGACAGGCAGUGGCAGCAGUGGAGAUUGCUAUGUCCCACCACCUCCACGUCGAUCUCGGAGACUGCACUCUCACACUCACUACAGCUCUAAUGAAAGUAUUCCAUCACCACCAAUGGCACAAGACGAUGAGUCUUUAGCACCAAGAAGAUCUACAAGACUGCGAAGAACAAUCAAAAGAAGACACGGACCUAAAAGACAAAGAAUUGAUUCACCAGCUGCAGAGGAAGACGAUGAAAAUAACAGUGUAUCUAGAGCAGACGAAGGUUCGUUGGCUGCCAGUCCCACUAAUUCGUCGACGGUUUAUGCGGCUUGCCUUUGCGAAGAAGUUAUGAAUGUCUGCCCUGUUGUUGAGGAACUUGAAGAACCAGUCUUCUGCCAAGCUAUCGAAAUAGUGGACGGGUUAAACGUGGGAUGCUCUCACAAAGCACAGGUAGGCGAAGACGGAUCUCUGCUGCCGAUGCGGCGAGCGAGCCUGCGCGCCCCGUUCCUGAUACUCUGUAAGCUGCACACGAUGGAAAUGGAGAAGCACAUGUGUUGUCCCACGUGUGGCGUCUUUUGUACUCAGGGCGUGUUCUACCAAUGUUCUGCCGGUCAUCUUUGCCAUUUGGACUGCGCGGUGCCCUACGGGGAAGAGCCGACGGGCUGUCCCCAUUGUGGCGUGCAUUGCCCCCCAUUGACCCCGGUCAACACGGAUAUACGGAAGGUCCAACUUACUAUGCAUAGCUCCAACAGACGGGUCUACCUCCCGGAGCAAAGGGAACAAUGCACACCAGCUCAAAUGGGCUUUGCUCCAAUCCAUGCAUCGAAGCUCAGUAGGAGUCCAAUAUUUCCAGAAGAUCUCUUGGCUCAAUUACCGGACAUGGAGAAACUUUGUGAAUCGAUUGACUUUGAUACAAUGGAGAACUGCACAGCUCAUACGCUAUAUGAAGCUAUCAUCGCCGGAGAGUCUGUGGAAAUGUUAAUAACUAAGACAGUUAAGGACGAACUGAAUACGCCAAUAAGCUUUAUAGAGGGUGGAACGUGUGCGCACGCGGCGAUUGUUAGUGGUCAACUGGGCGCGCUGUGUCUAUUGCAAUAUGCCGGUGCAAAUCUUGAUGCUUUUGACAAUAUGUCACGUACCCCUCUUAUGAAGGCUGUAUUAGCCUUAUUGGAAAAAGAGCCUCCAGAAGAAAUUGACACGACGUCUAGAGACGAGGAAAUCAAAAAGGAAGAAGGCGAUUUAGAUAAAACAGAGGAGUCAAAAGAAACCGAAGAGGUAUGCGAAGGGGAGAAAGGGGAAAAGAGAGAAGUUAAGAAGGAGGACCAAAUGAGAGUUAUCCGAUAUCUAUUGCUGGCAGGCUGUGAUCCUAACCUUAAGGGCCCCGAAGGCAUGACGGCGCUUCACAUGGCCGCCCAGAAUGGAGGAGACGAUGUUUGCUCGCUAUUGAUAGAGAGUGGGGCCCACGUCGACGCGAAGGACCAAGGCGGGUGGACUGCGCUAGUACGGGCUGCUGAAAACCGGCAUCCUGAUGUAGUCAGAUUGUUACUGCAGUACGGCGCAGACGCAGCCUCGGCUGAUUGCGAGGGCAACGGAGUUUUACACUGGUGCGCGCUCUCCGGCGAUGCCCGUUCGUUACAUCUUCUGCUUGAUGCUGCGCCACACAUCAUCAACACUUGCAACGCCCACGCAGAUACGGCUCUGCACAUUGCGGCGCGGGAAGGCCACUACCCGUGUGUAGUGAUUUUGCUAGCAAGAGGUGCAAGGACCGACAUAGAGAACUCUUCGAACGAGCUACCUGUCCACGUCAGCAGUGGUCCCAGCCACAACGCUAUAGUCCUGAAUAUGAAAAUCGCCGUGGCUACCGGUGGACCCUUCACCAAAUAUCGUCUUCUAGCCAGUGACAUCUCGAACGGUCGCGAACCGUACCCAGUGGGUUGUGUUAACGAAAUGGACGACGAGUCUGUGCCCAGCGACUUUACUUAUGUGUCCCGACACAUAGCAUCGGAACUAAUCAACAUUGACAAUACGGUUCAGAUGACACAGAGCUGUACCUGUACUGACGGGACGUGCUCGAGCAGUUGUUCGUGCAGUGUGCUCAGCGUGAAGUCGUGGUACUCCGGUGGUCGGCUUCUCCCGUCUUUCCCCCACCACGAUCCGCCCAUGGUCUUCGAGUGCGAUCAUACGUGCGCCUGUAACGUGAAUCGAUGUACAAAUAGAGUGGUCGGACGUGUCCAAUGUCGCGGCUCUCUCGCCGCGCCUGUACAAGUGUUUCGAACCGCGCGAUGCGGGUGGGGCCUGCGCGCGCGCCACCAUGUGCGACGGGGCGAGUUGGUGGCGCUGUAUUGUGGAGAACUGCUUACCUGCACUACCGCUGAUGCCCGCGAAAUGGACCAGUAUAUGUUCGCGUUGGAGGUCAAACACGACUUGUUGGAGCAAUGUAAUGAUAAAACGCUGUUAUGCGUGGACGCAGCAAAGUUCGGAAGCGCGGCCCGUUUCAUAAACCACAGCUGUCAUCCGAAUUUAGCGCCCGUUCGCGUCUUCACAGAGUGCCGUGAUCUGCGAUUACCUACUGUAGCCUUAUUCGCGCUUACAGACAUCGCUGCUUUAGAGGAACUUACGUUUGACUAUGGUGACAAGUUCUGGUCGGUAAAAUCGAAGCGGAUGAAAUGCGAAUGUGGAACAUCAGAAUGCAGAUACCCGACAAUAUCUAGCUCUGAUGAAUUGGAAUCUUAA